UGCCAUAAUAAUAAACCCUAUAUCAUCUUUGGGAAUAAUGAAAAUGGAUUGCCUUUUGAAAUAGAAGAGGGAAAUUCUCAAGGACAUGAAUACGCAGUCGUUCCAUCACCGGAACUUGGAACCCGAGUCUCCUACACCGUGGAGUGGCGAUUUUGAUUUCGACUGCAGUGAUCGUAGAUUUGCAUUUUCACGCCAAAGUUCCUUUCAGCAAUCGGCUGAGCCACAUACGCCCUUAUCAAUAAUCUCUAAUGAUUCUCAAAAGCCUUUGCUCUCUCGAACUGUUUCCAGCAUUGAUAUACCUCCCAAUAUCUAUGCAUCCCAUGGUUCCGAUAUUAAAUUUAGGGGUUCCUCGUCUCUGUCAUCGGUUUUUCGAGGUGUUAUGUCUGGGAAUAAGCAGAUGAGGAGAUUGUUUCUGUUGAUUUCACUAAAUGUAGCUUAUUCUACCGCCGAGUUGUGUAUUGGCCUUCUAUCUGGCCGAGUAGGGUUGGUAUCAGACGCAUUUCAUUUGACCUUUGGUUGUGGCCUUUUGACAUUUUCUUUAUUUGCAAUGGAUGCUUCUAGAGAAAAGCCUGAUCGUGUUUACACUUAUGGGUAUAGAAGGUUAGAGGUUUUGUCUGCUUUCACCAAUGCUCUGUUUCUAUUGUUCAUGUCAUUCUCCUUGGCUGUGGAAGCACUUCAUGCCUUUAUACAAGAUGAAUCUGAGCACAAGCAUUACUUGAUCGUCUCAGCUGUCACAAACUUGCUGGUGAAUCUCAUCGGUGUUUGGUUCUUCAGGAAUUAUGCACGUAUUAAUCUUGUCUAUCGGAAAGCUGAAGACAUGAAUUAUCACUCUGUUUGCUUGCAUGUGCUAGCUGAUUCCAUUCGCAGUGCAGGCCUCAUCUUGGCUUCCUGGUUGUUAACACUUGGAGUAAAGAAUGCUGAAGUCUUAUGUUUGGGACUAGUUUCUGCCACAGCCUUUUUCCUCGUCAUGCCACUUUUUAGAACUACUGGUGGCAUCUUGCUCCAAAUGGCUCCACCAAGGAUCCCAUCUUCAGCCUUGAGCAAAUGCUGGAGGCAGGUUUCAUCUCGUGAAGACGUUUCAGAAGUAUCUCAAGCUCGUUUCUGGGAACUGGUGCCUGGUCAUGUUAUUGGAUCAAUUUCAUUGCAGGUAAAGGAGGGAGUUGACGAUCGGCCUAUUUUGCAAUAUGUGCAUGACCUAUACCAUGAAUUAGGAAUACAAGACUUGACCGUACAAAUUGACUAUACAUGAUCACCAUCUUGAUUAUUUUUCUUUUUUUUCUUUAUUUAAUUGAAAAAUGUGAUUUACUGUUUUACCUCAAAUAUUUGGCCCAUUCAUUGUCAGUGCGAGACAACUUUCUUGGGAGAAGUGCACCAAUAUCCACUUUUGAUGUUGCCAUUUAGCUAAUACUGGCUUCAUAAAUUCUUUUGCUAGUUUACCUUUUCUGGGAAAAAAGUCUGGUGAAGUUUGAUAAUUUCAGACAUUUGU